CGGAUCGCGUUUUCUAUGCGAUGGGCGAGGAGCCUCCGGGCGAGCAGCGCGUCCUCGCCCCGAGAGAUGAAGUCCCCCGACAGGCGCGGCCAAGGACACCCGCGCCGACGACGGAGGCUUUCCGAUGGCACUGGGGGGCCUUCCCUGAUCUUUUCCUCCUUUCAGCGAACUUCAACCAUACCCAGUGCUUUUCCUUGCAUGUUGGGGCCAAGCCCCGACUCCCUUUUCUUCUCCUAAAAUUCAUUUUCCUCCAUUUCCUAUCCUUCCCCUAUCCCCUUUCUUCCUUCCCACUCCUUUCCAAACUUGCGAGCUUCCUUUCGUGGUCACGGCAGGGGCGCAGUGACCCACGUCAUAGACGCCCCCCCCCCCCCCCGCCUGGACUCGGUGAUGGCGAGGCGGACCACUCAGCUGCCGUCAGUGUGUCCGACAGCCUCCUGCCGGCAAGUCAAGAGUGUGGAUCCUACGCAUUAGGCGUCCAGAGUCAGCCAUGGCCACGAGUCUCAAGGUCUCCCUGUGCGUCCUCCUGGCGACGGCGGUGCUGGCGGCGAGCCCGGAGGUCGUGGAAGGAUCUCCGUUCGGCGUCCCGAAGGGCUUCGUCAUCGGUCCUGUCACAGAGCCCAACCCCUUAAUUCCAGUCACCAUCGUCGGCGCCCCUUGCCGGUGUCCCCCAUCCCAAUACCCGGUGUCAAAGGUGCCGUGUCGUUGUGUACCGAAGUGGGGUUCACCGAUAAUCUAAGGCCCAGUCGCUCGAGGCACGCAGAAGACGUGUUGAAAUUCUGCUUCUACUGUGAGAAGUUCUACAUUUAGUUGACACUCAAGUCUAUGAGAUUAUUCAUUUUCUGAUUCUAUGACUGUGUGUUUCUGUGAAAUAAGGACAGAGUGGGUGUUUCCCGAUGCAUUUUGGAAUCACUGACUAAGUCCUAAUAAUCACUCGACCGCAUUCACAACUUCUGUGCUUGGUCACUUCCUUUCAAGAGAUCCAUUUUAGCAACCGUCCUAUCUUGCAUUUACAGUUAUACAAUACCCGGAGUCAACUAGACCAAAGGCACAACUUCCCAGUGGUGGAAACAAGGACAUUAAACAAGGCUGUUAGGCAGAGCUGUCGCGACAACCGCCUCUGAAUGACUGGAGGCCCUGUGCUUGGCUCAGCGUUCGAGGUGUGAUUGUUUUCUUUUGUAAGCUUAUUUUAGUGCGCAUUCAGCAACUUUCUUUUUAUUUCAUUAUUGUCCACAGAAUUGCCAAAAUGCAUUUGCGAGUGGGGCUGCGGGACGUCAUAAUAUUAUAUCUGUCAUUUCGUCUCGACAAGCGUUCCAUGCCAUUAUAAAGCAACCCUCAGAAAAUACUUUUUCACCACAGAAGCUAAUGGAAGUUUGUUACAUUUGUCAUUACUGUGUGGGUCACAAUCCAAAGCAAUUUUGUUUAUAUAUGUGAUGUAUUGAAUGCAAGAAAAGUAAACAAUAUAUUCUAUAUAUCUGCCUAUGAUAUCAAAUAAACAGUUAUGCUGUCAUUUCUGGUAUCUAUCAUAUACCGACUCGGACGCCAUGCCCCACCGGCCAGACGCCAUAACCGUUAUACCAAGGUCUAUAUAACUACUUAUAUAGACCUUGGCAAUGGCUACGUCAUAGGGCACUGGGUCCUGCUGCACCGACGGCCCAGCUGCAAGGAUGGCUGCCCCGCGAGCCGUGAAGACUGCACUGCGUCUGCGAUGGCUAUCCUACGUAUUAUUUUAUAUCUGAAUGGGGUAGCCUUGCGAACUCGUGUAUUUAUUCAUUCACUGGACUGGAUUUCCACUGAAGGAGUUGGCCAUUAUUUUUAUAUGAAAUAAUGUCAAAGAUGAAGGCAUAAUAUGCCGUGAAAAUUUGGCAGUGUAUGCUCGCAAUAAGUAAAAUUGUUUCUAGA